GUAUGAAUUAGGGAAAGUCUUCUCUCUUUCUCUCUCUGUGCGUAGAACGGUGGCUCCGUUGAAUAAACGACAUAGGUCAGGGAAUUACGGGAGCCCGAUUUGUUUUCCGGCGAGGUGUGCUGAAACAACUGAAUCAAUUGGGUAAAAUUCCACCUUGCUAUUGCAGGUUUCGAGAUGAUGAGAUUGUCAGAUCAUUAGAUACUUUUUUUUAUUAAAUUAUAGAAAAAAAAGGUUGCAUCUUUGCUACCCGCCGUUAAGAACAUAUUAACUACUAUUAUUAUGAUGAUGGCUGUAUUGGGUUCUUUGCAACUGCAAGUGCCCCAUGAACUGACCAUGUACAAGACCCACCACCACCAGAGGAACAAUGAGUUGUUCAAGAGAAAAGUGGCUUGCAUAAACUCAGUUUCAACCAGAACCGAUCUUCUGUCAGUUGCUUCAUUUCAGAAAUGCGAUUUAUGGGGUCGUUGUCUUGUUGCCAACAUACACAGACCAAUAUCCUAUGGUCCGUGUAGAUUUACAUCAUUCAAAUGUUAUUCUUUUCUAGAUCCAAGCAAAGUCUUCCAAGUUCCAUCUCUAAAGAGUACUGCUGUUGCAUUGACAAGAUCAUAUAAUGCUUUACCAGAGAGACAGUUAUUACUGAAGUUAGUUCCAACGAUUGGUAUUAUUGCCUUUGCUCUAUGGGGUCUUUUGCCACUCAUGCGCCAAUGCAGAAAUAUCUUUCAGCAAAAUAAGGGUGAUAAUAAUUGGAAAAAGAGUGGAACUUACUACGUAGGGACAUCCUAUCUUCAGCCCCUUCUUCUAUGGACUGGAGCAACUCUUAUCUGCAGGUCACUAGAUCCAAUGAUUCUCCCUUCAGAAGCUAGUCGGAUUGUUAAGCAGAGACUCCUGAAUUUUAUAAGAUCACUGUCAACUGUUCUGGCUCUUGCUUAUUCUUUAUCAAGUGCAAUCCAACAAGCACAGAAGUUGUUGAUGGAAACAAAUGUAUCAUCUGACCCACGUAAUAUGGGUUUUCAAUUUGCCGGGAAGGCUGUGUAUACUGCUGUAUGGGUUGCUGCCAUUUCAUUGUUCAUGGAGUUGCUAGGGUUCUCAACACAAAAAUUGCUCACAGCCGGAGGUCUUGGAACAGUCUUGCUUACUCUUGCUGGUCGCGAGAUAUUCACAAAUUUCCUCUCAAGUGCAAUGAUUCACGCAACACGUCCAUUCGUUGUUAAUGAGUGGGUUCAAACUAAAAUUGAAGGUUAUGAAGUUUCUGGGACUGUUGAGCAUGUCGGUUGGUGGUCACCUACCAUUAUAAGGGGUGAAGAUCGUGAAGCUGUUCACAUUCCCAAUCAUAAGUUCACAGUUAAUGUUGUGAGGAAUCUUAGUCAGAAGACUCACUGGCGCAUUAAGACUCAUCUUGCAAUCAGCCACUUGGAUGUUAAUAAGAUAAAUAAUAUUGUUGCCGAUAUGCGCAAGGUUUUGGCUAAGAAUUCCCAAGUGGAACAUAAGAGAUUACACAGAAGAGUGUUUCUGGACAUCGUUGACACUGAAAAUCAGGCUCUUUUGAUCUUGAUUUCCUGCUUUGUCAAGACCUCACAUUUUGAAGAAUAUCUGGGUGUGAAGGAAGCUGUAUUAUUAGAUCUUUUGAAAGUUAUAAGCCAUCAUCGUGCUAGACUCGCCACACCUAUUCGCACGGUGCAGAAGAUGUACAAGGAUUCAGACGACUCUAUCUUCUCUAGUGGAGGAACAUCAGCAGCCAUCCGACCUUUGCUUCUGAUAGAGGACAAAACUAAACCUCAAACUCAUCAAGCACAGCCCAAUAAUGCUGAUGAAAGGCCAAAUGCAAAAGAAAACGACGCCAAAUUGAAAGAAACUCUGCUUUCUGAUUCUACGAGAACAGAUGAUGAAAAUGAAAUGCCAACCAAAACGACGGGAUCAACUUCCAACCAAACUGUCUCCAACAAGCAACAAGCUAAGAAAACAACAAUCUCGGGAAACAACAAGCAGAGCAAUAAGAUUGAAGAAACGACUGAUAAACCAGAUAAUAACCGUCCAUCAAUAUCGAGACACCCUCCUUUAGAGGAGAACAUAGUACUUGGUGUUGCACUCGAGGGAUCUAAGAGGACUCUUCCUAUCGAAGAAGAGUCGGCCUCGGAAAUGGUGGAGAAAAGUGCAACUUCAAGCAACGGUGGUAACAGCAAGGGCAAUUAGUGUAAUUUAUUUGUGUCUAAUCAUUAAUUUAUUCAAGAGCUCUUGUAGAAAAAAUAUUUAAGGCGUUUUACUGUAACUCUAGUGCUGCGGUGAAACUAUACCAUCAUUGUUGAAGAAAAUUGUUAGGAACCAAAAUGAUUUUGCUGUCUAUAAUCACAUAUGUAAAUACGUAGUGUAAUCUAUUGUCUAUCUAAUACAAUCUAAAUUCAUGUCUACAA